AUGUUUGGAGAGAGAUUCAUGGGUUUUGGAGAGGUUCAGGGAGAUUCUAACUUGGGACGAGCUUCGGAUCAUCGACUUCCUCAUGAUUUUGGCUCCGGUGGGUUUUUACAGAGUCUCGAUACAAAUCCAUUUCUGAAGAAUCAGUGUUACAGCAAAAGCGGUGAUGCUCUGGAUUUGUGUACAAAGCUUAACAAAAUGGGUAUCUCUUGUGACAUGAGCAUCUGGACAAAACCUGAAGAUGAACCUUUCCGGGUCGACCCGGGUGAUUUUGGGUCUGGCGCUACAACUCUUCAUGGGUCUUCUGGGUUUGACUUUGAGCAGGAGGAUCUGACUGGAGGGGCUGCUUCUCAGAUUCAUCAUGAUGGGUUUCGAAACUUUUCCUCUGUUCGUCUGCAAAACAACAACUUUCAUGGAGCUUCUUCUCCGGAAGAGCUUAGAUUGCUUGGCUUUCAAGGUUCCUUUAACCCCAACAGAUUCGAAGAGAUGAUGGCUUUUAAGAAUGUUCCCAUUGUUAAGCGUAUCUCACCUCCUAGUCUCAGAAGCGAUAGUCUGAUUGGGAACGAUGAGUUCAAAGGUUCGUUGAUGGCUGAAGGAAAUAGGUUUUAUCAAACCAUAGCCGCCAUGGAAGGUUCUGGAGCUUCUUAUCCAGAAGAGAGUACUCAGAUGAGAAGGUAUUUGAAGGAAGAUGAGCCUAAGAUCAAUGGUGGUUUGCCUCUGAAUCUCGUCUCCAUGAUUAACAGUUACGGAUCUGUGAACUUGAUGGCCAAAGAUCAGAUUGGUUGUCGAGUUUUGCAGAAACUGGUCGAAGAAGGAACGUUUCAUGAAGCUACUAAGGUUAUAUUCCAUGAAAUCAUUGACCAUGUUGUUGAACUCUCCUUGGAUCCUUUUGGGAAUUACAUCGUCCAGAAGCUGUUAGAUGUGUCUGAUGAGGAACAGAGAACGCUGAUUGUGAGUGUGUUAACCUUAAAACCAAGGGAGCUUAUCAGAAUCUGCCUUGACACUUACGGGACAAGGGUUGUACAGAAGAUGAUUGAAACCGUGAAAACUAAACAGCAGAUUGCAUUGGUGAAGUCAGGUCUUAGACCGGGCUUUCUUGCUCUUGUUACAGAUCUGAAUGGGAAUCAUGUGAUACAGAGUUGCUUGGAGUUCCUUGGUCCUAAUGACAACAAGUUUGUGUUUGACGCAGCUACAAAGUACUGUGCUGAGAUUGCAGUUCAUCGCCACGGAUGCUGUGUGCUUCAAUGCUGCCUUAUAAACUCUGUUGGACCGCAACAUGAGAGACUCGUCGCUGAGAUAUCAAGAAACGCACUUCACCUUUCACAGGAUCCUUUCGGGAACUAUGUGGUGCAGUGCCUAAUAGAGCAAGAAGUUUCUGCAGUGAAGCUGCUGGUUCAGUUUAGACUGCAUUACGCCGAGCUAGCGACUCAGAAGUUUAGUAGCCAUGUGAUUGAGAAGUGUCUAAGUAUGUAUCCAGAGAGUCGGGCUGAGAUCGUCCGUGAGCUCCUCUCUGUUCCAAACUUUGAAUAUCUUCUGCAAGAUCCUUAUGCGAAUUAUGUGAUCCAAACAGCUCUUUCUGUAACCAAGGGAGCUGUUCGAGCUAGAUUGGUGGAGAAGGUUGAUAGGUUUGGGAAACUACAGUCGAAUCCUUAUUGCAAGAAGAUAUUCUCCAAGAGCAUCUUGUAG